AUGGCGUCGGGGCCUCUUUCACAAGAUUUCAGAUAUUUUCAAACCGGCGGUCAACGGGUCCUUGUCUUGGCGACAACCAGAGCGGCGGACGCAGACGAGUGGGUGCGGGGGGUCGAGGCAACAUGGCCGUCGAGGAGGAUCGUCGGUCUAUCCUUCUUCUGGGAGCCAUGGAUCCUCCUGGACGGUUCAAUUGGGCGGAGAGUCUGCUCCAUCAACCUCUCCUACCUGAGACAUGUGCUUGUGUACCAACUCUCCUCGGAGGGGAACGACCCCACUGCCCCCUGCCUUCUCAACUUCCUCUGCGAUCUCCGCAACAUCUUCUUCGGCGACGACCUCAACCGGAGCCUAACGGCACUCGGGCUUCACGCCAGCCGCAGGCACAGCCUCACGAUGGAGCUGGUCGGGGUGGCGGCGAUCUGCGGCGUCUCCCCCGCCGCCGUGUUGGACAGCCAGCUUCCGUUUCAUGUGAGUCUGGCGGUUCUUCUCACGGACCUGGAUGCAGACCUUCUUCUCCAGGCAAACCUUUGGGAGCUUAUGCCCUGCUCUUGGCCGAUGACAGAAGUUCAGGUCCAGCUCGCAGCGGAGACGUCCUUCGUUGGUCAGAAGCUCGGUAUAUGCGCUUUCGCAAGGAUCCUUUCGUAG